AUGGAUAAAGCGAAUAAAGUUCUCAGAUUUCAAGAGUUGGCUGAAACAGCAGGAGAAAACUUGAAGGAAGUGGCAGCAGAGCUAAUCGCUUUGACACUCGGCAUUGAAUCACUUGAAGCGCAAAGAGAAAUCGAAGUGGUUUACAGAUCUUACUCUAAAUAUAUCAAGCAAAACAACAUGCCGGGUGAGAUUGUAGUCAAGUUUCUCCGAAGACAGACAAGGGAUGAUAUCCUCAAAGCGACUGCAGCCAAAACCCUUCAGCUGGGAUCAGAAAUCAUCAGGUUCCUAAAGGACGUUCCAUUUGAGGUUUGGCAGAAGAGAAAAGCAUACAAAGAGCUUAUCUCAACACUUCAGAUCAACCAGAUUCAAUAUAACUGGCUCUAUCCCGAGGGCGUGCAGUUCAAAUACAAGGAUAAGAGAGAGAAAAUAGACUCAGUAUUUAAAGCGGAAGAAUGGUUGAAGCAGUUUUUUGGAUCGAAAAUGGAAGAACAGUCAGACGGAAGAGGCUCUGCAGAGAACCUGAAAGAGAUGGACGGAGCCCCAGCAGGAGCAGAAGGAGGCACGGCCAGAGAUACGUAUGACCUGCGGCUAAGAGUACCCAAUAAUGUAGAUAACUGUGAGGAGCCAUUGGUAUUCUCAUUACCCAUGACAGCUUUUGACAGCUCCUCUGAACUCUCCAGCAAUCAUGGACCCAGCUUUGCAAAGCUCAACAGACGGGAUGGAGCUGGUGGAUGGUCCCCGAUGGACUCUAGCACAGAGCAAUGGCUUCAGGUUGAUCUGGGAGACAGAGUGGAGAUUACAGGGGUUGCUACUCAAGGAAGAUACGGAAGCUCAGACUGGACAACAAGCUAUAUUCUAAUGUUCAGUGAUACGGGACGCAACUGGAAGGAGUACCGAGAGGAAGACAUCAUCUGGAUCUUUCCGGGAAACAUCAAUGCUGACAAUGUAAUACAGCACAAAUUUCUGCACUCAGUGAAGUCUCGUUUUGUGCGCUUUGUUCCUCUGAAGUGGAGUUUCCGUGGAAAAAUAGGCCUACGGGUGGAGGUUUUUGGCUGUUCCUACAAAUCAGAUAUUGCUGACUUUGAUGGGAGAAGCUCCCUCCUCUACAGGUUCAACCAAAAACAGAUGAGCACCUUUAAAGACGUUAUUUCCCUGAAGUUCAAGAGUAUGCAGGGAGACGGGGUCUUGUUUCAUGGAGAGGGGCAACGUGGAGAUUAUAUAACACUGGAGCUUCAGAAAGGGAAGCUGGCUUUGCAUCUCAACUUGGGAGAUGCUAAGCUGCGUUUCAGUAACAGCCACACUUCACUCACCUUGGGCAGCCUCCUCGAUGACCAGCACUGGCAUUCGGUUCUCAUUGAGCGAUUCAAUAAGCAAGUGAACUUUACAGUGGACAAGCAUACACAGCAUUUCCGGACUAAGGGAGAUUCGGAUGACUUGGACAUUGAUUAUGAGCUCAGUUUUGGAGGAAUCCCAGUCCCAGGAAAACCAGGAACGUUUCUGAAGAAGAAUUUCCAUGGCUGCAUUGAGAACCUUUAUUACAAUGGAGUCAACAUCAUUGACCUAGCCAAAAGACGGAAGCCCCAGAUCUACAUAGUGGGCAAUGUGACUUUUGCGUGCUCAGAGCCACAAAUCACUCCCAUCACCUUUGACCGUUCCAACAACAGUUACCUGCUCUUGCCAGGCACCCCACAACUUGACGGACUGUCAGUAAGUUUCCAGUUUCGAACAUGGAACAAAGAUGGUUUGCUCCUGUCCACAGAACUGUCAGGAGGUUCAGGUUCUCUCCUAGUAUACCUCCAUCAUGGCCUACUAUCCCUUAUCAUCCAGAAAGGAGUAGAGAAAUAUGUGGCAAUCAAUGCAGGCAGCAAUCUAUAUGAUGGCCUAUGGCAUUCAGUUAACAUCAAUGCUAGAAGACAUCACAUCACCCUAACGCUAGAUGAUGGUGUAGCAUCUGCUGUUCAUGCAACUACUGUCUCACAGAUUAAUUCUGGGAAAAGCUACUAUUUUGGAGGGUGCCCCAACAAUUUCACUGAUUUGAAAUGUUUAAAUCCCAUUACGGCUUUUCAAGGCUGCAUGAGGCUCAUCUUUAUUGAUAACCAGCCCAAGGACCUCAUUUUAGUUCAGAAAGGUUCCCUGGGGAAUUUUAGCGAUUUGCGCAUCGAUCUCUGUGGCAUCAAAGACAGAAAUAAUAAUAAGGGCAAUGAAAAUUUUACCAAGCACAUGAAUGACUUAAUGAACACAUAG